ACAACUGUGAAGUAUACUGCAAACGCAUUAAGAAAAUAUUUUCCUUAAUAUUUUGUUUGAGAUUGAAAAUUUUAAUUUGGCCAUAAAAGCCACAAAUUAAUGCUAUCAAUUGAAAAUUAGAAGUGCCUAAAAAAUUGCCAAAAGAAAGAAAAAUGUCUUUUUUAAGAGGGUCCUUAAAUUAUGUUUGGUGUACCACUAGCGUAUUAGGUAAAGGAGCCACUGGUUCAGUUUUUCAGGGCGUUAAUAAAAUAACUGGUGAAUCUGUGGCUGUUAAAACAUUCAAUCCGUACAGUCAUAUGCGACCGCCAGAUGUUCAAAUGCGCGAAUUCGAAGCUUUAAAAAAAGUCAAUCAUGAGAAUAUUGUUAAAUUGCUGGCCAUCGAAGAAGAUCAAGAGGGCCGUGGAAAAGUUAUUGUGAUGGAGCUUUGUACUGGUGGUAGCUUAUUUAAUAUACUAGACGAUCCUGAGAAUUCAUAUGGUUUACCUGAAAAAGAAUUCCUUUUGGUCUUAGAGCAUUUAUGCGCGGGUAUGAAACAUUUAAGAGAUAAUAAAUUGGUACAUCGUGAUUUAAAGCCCGGAAACAUAAUGAAAUUCAUUUCGGAGGACGGCCACACUAUAUACAAACUUACGGAUUUCGGUGCUGCGCGAGAACUUGAAGAUAAUCAGCCAUUUGCCUCAUUAUAUGGCACCGAAGAAUAUUUGCAUCCCGAUCUCUAUGAACGAGCCGUGUUAAGGAAAUCCAUUAACCGUUCCUUUACGGCCAAUGUGGAUUUGUGGUCUAUCGGUGUCACCUUAUACCAUGUAGCUACAGGAAACUUACCAUUUCGUCCCUACGGCGGUCGUAAAAAUCGUGAAACGAUGCAUCAAAUUACUACCAAAAAAGCUUCAGGUGUUAUAUCUGGAACCCAAUUGUCUGAAAAUGGACCAAUUGAAUGGUCUACAACUUUACCCGCACAUUGUCAUCUUUCCGAAGGAUUAAAAACAUUGGUUACUCCACUGUUAGCCGGUUUACUUGAAGAGAACCGGGAAAAAACUUGGUCUUUCGAUCGUUUCUUUCAAGAGGUUACAAAUAUUUUGCGUAAGCGAGUAAUACACGUGUUCUAUACGAACCGCACCAGUUCGGUGGAAAUCUUUUUAGAACCUGAAGAAUUAAUUGAACAUUUUCGCGAGAGAAUUUUAAUGCAGACCAAAGUUCCAAUGGAAAGACAGAUACUAUUAUUCAAUAAUGAACAUUUAGAAAAAAAAGUUACUCCGCAUACCAUUGCUAAGGCAUUUCCAGCGACGUACACGGAAAAUCCGAUAUUCCUUUAUAGCAACGAAGAUAAUAACGUACAAUUGCCGCAGCAAUUGGAUCUGCCCAAAUUUCCGGUGUUCCCGAACAAUGUUUCGGUAGAAAAUGAUGCCAGUUUAGCUAAGGCUGCCUGCAGUGUUGGUCACGAAUGUAAAAGGCGUGUGGAUACGUUUACCACCAUAGAUAUUUUGAUCAAGAAGGCAGUGGCGCAAUUUAUAGAGACACUAACCACUACAAUAACGCUAUUAAUAAAAAAAACAAAAAAUUUUGAUAAACUAAUUUCAACAGUGAUAGAAUACGUAGACGCUGUGAAAUGUAUGUCUAAAAUGACUAAAGGUGAGGAGGAACUUAAUCCAUUAAUAUAUAAAUUGGAAAAAUUGAGAACUGAAUUUGAAGGCGCAGCUGAUGUGAUUAUGCAGUUGCAUACCAAUUUCGUAAUGGGUGAUCAAUUAAACGAUCAAUGGUCUUCAGCGAUGCAUGGCAAACAUUGUCCAUGCCGGACUAGAGCGAGCGCUCAAGCAAAAUAUUUAAUUGAACGUUUAAGAGAUUCUUGGCAGCACUUAUUACGCGAUCGCGCCACACGCACUUUAACGUAUAAUGAUGAACAAUUUCAUGCUUUGGAAAAGAUUAAAGUCGAUCGUAACGGUAAACGAAUAAAGUCUUUACUUUUGGAUGAUGUGAAGCCAUCGGUUGCACAAAUGGCUGAAUGUUUAGCUGAUUGGUACAAACUGGCUCAAACCGUUUACUUAAAGAGUGAAAUUUUAGAAAAAGAUGUCCGAGAAUAUGAACGAAACUUGGACAUCUUAAAGGAAGAUCUAUAUAAAAUCAAGAGUGAUAUACAAAAGGAUAUGGAUGCCAAAUUGUUUAACAACAGUAAUCAGUUAUUGAAAAUUGAGCAAAAAAAUCGCUUAAGGUUUAUGCAACAGCAACAAGAGGAGAUUAUGGCUUUAAUGAAAGAAAAUCGCCAAUUUAUUGGCAUGUUACAAGAGUUAGGUACCAAUUUGGGUUCAUCUCUAACUGGGACAUUAAAAAUCUAGAAAUGGAGGAAGAAUUGUUUGAAAAAUCUCAUUAACUUUCCAUAUGUUUUUAAGUGCUGUUCAGGCAAUUUUUGACGGUAUUAAUGCAAUUUUAUUAAUUUUUUUAACCCUUUUUUUUUUUUAUUUAUUAUUUGCAAUUGUUGAUUCAAAUACAAUUUAUAUAACUUUAAGCUUUUUAUAUAUAUCUCACUCUAUAUAAAUAGCCGUUAGAUCUCGUAUAAAUAUUUUUCUUAAGUUU